AAAAAAAAAAAUAAUAAUAAUAAUGAUGUCCAAAUCUCUUAUUCUCUUAGCCCUAGCUCUCUUUGUGGUUUCAUCUGUGUUGGCAGAUGAACUUGUGGCCGAUCAACAUAAAAUAAAAGGUGAGGAGCCGAAGGAGAUCAACCAAGGUGGCGGAGGCGGUUACUGCCGGAAUAGGUACUGCUGCGGCGGGUGGUACGGCGGUAGGUGCAGCCGCUAUUGUUGCCGCUAUUCCGAAAACGACGUGGAGGCCACCGAAGAACCAAAUCAGCCCAACCAAGGCGGCGGCGGCGGCUACUGCCCGUAUAGGUACUGCUGCGGUGGAUGGGGCCCAUAUGGCCGCUGCUACCGUUACUGCUGCCGCUGGUCCGAGAAUGAAAUCGAGCCGGAAGAUGGAGGUGGUGGACAUGGCGGUGGCGGCCACGGAGGAGGCAAAGGCGGCAGCGGCGGUGGACAUGGCGGAGGCAAAGGAGGAGGUGGUGGCGGUGGGCAUGGCGGAGGCAAAGGAGGAGGUGGCGGCGGCGGACAUGGCGGAGGCAAAGGAGGUGGUGGUGGUCAAGGUGGCGGCAAAGGCGGAGGGCCUGAAACAGAGACGAAGAACUAAAAUUUAA